AUGGUGUUAUUUGAUUAUCCGGCAAAGCUUCCGGACUCAUAUGUUGGGCAUUGGGGGCCUGUCACCGCCACAAUUGAUUGGUGUGAGGAAAACUACAUUUUUACUCCCUAUAUCGCCGAAGUGGUAAAUAGUUUUACCAAUUUCAUCUUUGUGGCCCUGGCAAUGGGCCAUCUGUGGAGUACUUUUAAGAACAAUUUUGGCAGUCUGUACGUUUUCAUCUCUAUUGGCUUUGCGUCAGUUGGAAUUGGAUCUUUCUUGUUCCACAUGACCCUGCGCUAUGAGUACCAGCUGAUGGAUGAACUGCCCAUGGUCUAUGUCACGGCGCUCCCGUUCGGCUACAUAUUCAGCUGGAACCAGCCACGCCUGGUGCAAUAUGCUUGGAGAGUCGGUACCUUUGCUGCCACCGCGUUGUUCACUUACAUUUAUAUAUACGUGCAGAGAGACCCGGCCUUUCAUCAGAUAUUCUACGCUAUUCUCAAUUUUGGUGUGAUCUACAAAACAAUCAAGACUAUCCAAUCGAAGGUCACAGAUCCAGACGCAAGAAAGACUAUGUACAAGAUGCUUGUGUUGGCCGUGUCCUUGUUUAUCUUUGGCUUCUUCAUCUGGAACCUGGACUUCUUGCUAUGUCCUAAUCUCAGAGACUGGCGUCGUAACAUUCUCGGUUUUCCGAUGGGUGUGGUGACCGAGGGCCACGGAUGGUGGCACAUUUUCACUGGUCUGGGAGUCUACUAUUUUAUCAUUUACAACCAGCUGUUACACACAUGGAUGAUCGGUCAGCAAGACAAAUACAAGCUCGUGUGGCAUGGAAUCUUUGCCGAGGUGAAACUCCAAAAGCCAAAGAAUGAGUAA